AUGAAGCCCGCAACCGCGGUCCGUUCCGCCCUCCUUCUUAGUCUGGCAGCCGCCGCCGCCUCAGUAGGCUGCAUGACAACAUACGUUUCCCGCGCACGCUUCAACGCCAUCGCCUCGGACCGCGACGACAUAACGUAUGCCCAAGACGCGCGUAUCGGAGUGUACGUGAGUCUCGGGAGCUCAGCCGCCGUCGUAGUCUACGUGUUAUUAUUCUUCUACCUAACUGCUCUCUACCCCCUCUCGCGUCUGAUCUAUGUGUGGGUUGACGUGAUGGCAAUCAGUCUCCUCCUCUGGGCGAGUGCAGCGACUGGCGGAAUCCUCUCUCCCCUUCUCCCUAGCCUUUGGAAAUGCCACACGCCGCUCUGCAAGAUUGCCCUGGCCGGAAGUAUCCUCAAGUGGUCUGAAGUAGUCAUGGUACGGCCCCCAUUGAUUUCGCUAACGCAGCUCGCCACCUCUCUUGCGAUCAUCAUUGUCUCCCAACUCCGCCACCCAGGAUCAUGGUCAACCUCCCUCGACCACCUCCACCUCCCAAAGUCGGAGGAAGUAGACAACCACGCCCUAACCAUGCGUGCGCUAUACGAGUCUCAGCUCCUCCGCUCCGUCAGUCUGGCCAGUACUGCCCCCUCACCAAGAGGCUAUACGCUGUACGCCGUGGCGUCGCCUAACUCUAUCGCCCUCCCUCUCCCCGCCCAUUCGCGGCAGACUAAGCGCGUGUCCCGUCUCAGCUCGCGCCUUUCGCAGCCGAUAACUUACUUCAACUCAUGGGCUGAGGGCAAGGUCCCCUCACCCUCGCCACUCUCGCAGGCCCGACCCCGACAUGUGCCCGACAGCCGGCUAUAUGCCCGAAUCUAG